AUGCUGGCCGCACGGCUGUGUUUCAGUGAGAUAGAACCUUUGAUCGCACGCCUUACCAGUCUCUUGUGGCAUGGCGGCCCUGCAGCUUGCCGCCCUCCUUGCCCUGCUGCUCGCGCUGUGGCGUCUCGUGUGGCGGCCGCGCGCCGUGGCGCGGUCGUUCGCGAGGCAGGGGAUCCGAGGGCCGCCCUACACGUUCCUGGCCGGGUCCUUGCCGGAGGCGAAGCGGCUGCUGAUCGCUGGCCGGAGAGGCGUGCCGCCCCUCGACGCCGGGUGCCACGACAUCAUGCCCAUCCUGCUGCCGCAGUUCCACAGAUGGGUCGCCGAUUAUGCAAAACGUUCCUGUUCUGGAUCGGGCCGAUUCCCGCCAUCUUCUCUAUCGACCUGCAGCUGAUAAAGCAAGUGCUCACAGACAGGACGGGCCUGUAUCAAAAGGACUUCAUGAUCCCUGUGCUGAAAUCCCUCUUCGGCAACGGCGUCAUAUUGAUAAACGGUGACGACUGGAAGCGGCACCGGAAAGUAGUCCUUCCUGCUUUCAACUAUGAGAAGAUCAAGAGCAUGUCAGCGGUGACGGCAGAGGUCACAAGGCAGAUGAUACAGCAAUGGGGCGAGCAGAUACACCAAAGCAACAGCGACAAGAAAGCAGCUGAGAUAGACAUGAUCCACGCCUUCAACGACCUGACUGCCAAUAUCAACGGCCGCGUCGCCUUCGGCACUACCCACCGGGAUGUCGAGGAGGUCAUCGUCUUGAUGCGGGAGAUGCAAAAGAUCGCCACUGCGGCCAUGCUCGAUGCUCCAAUACUCUGGUAUCUGCCGACUCGGCGUAACUUGCACGUUCGACGCCUGAACAAACAGCUGAGAAGCAAGAUCAUGUCGAUCAUGCAGGCACGGCUGGCCGCAGAUGGAGCCAAAUAUGGUCGAGGAGACACCGGCAGCUGCGGGGACGACCUGCUCGGGCUGUUGUUAGAGGCGUGGACACCGCACCGGCAAGUGAGGGGCGGCGAUACGCUGACAACUGACGAGGUGAUUGAUGAGUGCAAAACCUUCUUCGCCGCAGGGCAGGAAACCACGGCCACCCUCCUCGUCUGGGCCAUGUUCCUGCUUGCCGUGCACCCCCAGUGGCAGGACAAGGUCAGGGAAGAGGUCCUCCGGGAGUUCCCCGGCGGGGACAGCGACGAUGUGGUACCCAACGCGGAUGUUCUCGCCAAACUGAAGCUGCUACACAUGGCAUUGCUCGAGACAUCGCGUCUCUACCCUCCAGUUGUGUACAUACAACGGAAAGCUGCCUCCGACACCGUCCUCGGAGGCAUCAAAGUAACCCAGGGAACAAUCAUAUCAAUCCCCAUUGGCAUGCUACACCGAGACAAGGAAGUUUGGGGCCCCGACGCCAACGAGUUCAACCCCAUGAGGUUCGAGCAGGGCGUCACAAAGGCUGCCAAAGACUCCAAGGCGCUCUUGACUUUCUCUCUAGGCCCGAGAGUGUGUACUGGUCAGAACUUUGGCAUCGUGCAAGUGCAGGUUGUCAUGGCAAUGAUCCUCAGCAAGUUCUCCAUAUCCCUCUCCCCGGCAUAUGUUCACAAGCCAAAGUAUCUUCUGUCUUUGACACCCAGGCUUGGGAUGCCUCUCAUUUUGAGGAAUCUACUAUAG